AUGGCAGGAGAAACACCAAGCAACCCUCUGGUGUUAAUAUCUGAUGAAAGGGAGCAAGAGAAGGAGUCGCCAAAAAUUCAAGCUGUAGCAGAAUCACCACCGCGUGAACUGGGCUUUAUCUAUGAAGAAGAUGAUGGUGCCAAGAAACCAUUGGCAGAACAAGACCGAGUGGAAGGGUCUGAGCCUCCAUUCAUGAAGUUCUCUCCGGGAACUUUCGUUCAUUUGAACAUGCAAAACAAGGAUGUUAAAAAAUAUAACAAUGUUUUAAUAGAAGGGAAGCUCUAUUCAGUCAAAAUUUUUUUGGUGUUCACCCACUAUUAUAUGUACAAAACUUGUGAUCACAAAUAUAUGAUCAGGCGAAACUAUAAGACUCAGGUAAAGGCAAUAAAAUCCAAAGCUUUUUCUACUAAGAUGUUUCAGCUAAAAAGCUAUGACUCUUUGAAAGACCCUACUCAAGUCAAUGACAAGGUGCUGUUUGAUUUAAUAGGCAGAGUUGUCGAGAUCCAUGCUCCUGUUGACAAAAUCAUAGGAGGUAGACCAGCCAAACUCCUGGACUUUAAAAUGGCUGAUAAUGAGGGAAAUACCUUACAGUGCACUGUGUGGGAUAGUCAUGUUGGUGCCAUGCUACCAUACUAUGAUGCAGGUGAAGUCAGAAUCACUAGCUGCUAUGAUGCUACCCAACUUCAUUUCAAUGCAUCUUACCAGGAAUUUGCUUAUUUUAGGUUUCAGUUAACUGCUGCAAAGAGUCCUUUACGCAGUAUCAAUACAGCAACAAUGUUGUCUCAAUCAACUGGAAUUGAUGAUUUUACGAGUGGUGCUUUGACUGUAACUACAGUAGUUGAUCUAUUGAAAAAGAAGCAGAAUGGGGAUUUCUAUGUACCUGCUGAAAUUGUGGGUAUUGAAGGUUCUUUUGGAUGGAUGUACAUCUCUUGCAUGUCACCGGGAUGUAAUAGAAAGCUUUAUGAACAAUCAGGUGAUCUGAUUUGUACAAAUUGUGAUAAGAAAUAUAAACAAGGAAUGGCAAGGUAUCGGGUCAGAGUUAUUGUUCUAGAUAAAGGUCUAAGAGAUGCUCCUUUCUUUUUAUGGGAUAGGGAGUGUUCUGAAUUAGUUGGUAUCCCAGCACACAGUUUGUACACAAAGUAUAAUAAGGUUUUUGACAUUCCAAAAGAAUUGGAAUCAUUAGUUGGUAUGAGAAUGGUAUUUAAGAUAUCAUUAAAAAUGGAGUUCAUGAAGGGAGCUAAUUCAGCCUACACUGUUAUGAGAGUUCUAAGGGAUGAAGCCUUAGUCUCAGCUAGGGAUGUCAAUUUAGCCCGAACCCGAUGGGCCAACCCGAUAAAACCGAAACCGCCAGGGCUAUGGCCCGAACGGGCUAGCCCGAUAAAACACAUUAGCCCGACGAGCCCGAAACCGAUUAGCCCGGUAGCCCGAUAG